AAAGGAAAUGACGUAUGGUUUGGUCACGUGCAUCUAUAAACCCUGCGCACAGCUGAUCGUGACGUCAUUCACCAACAUGGCGGACUGGAACAGAGGUCACGGCUCCGUGGACGAUGUGCUGGACACUGAAAACAAACGUCUGGCUGAGAACUUGGCCGCCAAAGUCUCCAGACUGAAAUCUCUGGCGUACGACAUAGACAGAGAGGCUGACGAUCAGAACGAGUAUCUGGACGGCAUGGACUCAAACUUCCUGAGUGCGACGGGCCUGCUGACCGGCAGCGUGAAGCGUUUCUCCACUAUGGUCAGAUCCAGUCGAGACAACCGCCGCAUCCUCUGCUACGUCUCCGUGGGCCUGGUCCUGGUCUUCUUCCUGCUCUACUACCUGGUCUCCAGGAUCCAGCGCUGACGCCGGAACCUGGUCCUGAUGCGGAGCUGCUGAGCCUGUAGACUCUGACGUUAUAUCUGAUCGAUCUAAAAUCAUCUCCUGCACGGGAGGAAGGCUUUUUAUUCUGCACCAAAGUGAGAAGACAAACAGGAAGUAGACAGGAAAUAUUAUGGUAAAUCGUUGGAUGUGGCGGUGGAGGUGACGGUGACGGUGACGAGCUCAGCAGGGAGUGGGCGUGGUUACUCUGUGUGUGUGUGUGUGUGUGUGUGUGUGCAGGACCAAACACACUGCAGGCUACUGAUAGACACAGACCCGGCCAUGGAGGAUCCGGCUCAGCGUCACCUUCGUCCUGCUCCUGCUGCAGCCGGGUGGGAGUGGCAAACACCACGGCCGCGUGUGAUAGGCUGAUGAAGCCGUCAAUCAAGUCAAACUUGCCCCAAGACUUUCAUUAGAUUAGAUCACACUUCCAGACUACACAGUAAUUUAAAACA